UCUCCAUCUUCCUUAAUCCUAUUCCACAUCCAUCGUUUCCCUUUCCUCUUCAUCCACGCCGUUUGGAGGAAGACUCAAUUCACUCUUCGCCGCGUAUUUUGCAAGAAGAAGAGUGAUUGCUGAAACCUUUCUUCUCUCCCCUUUCUGUUUUUUUCUGCAUGUCCACCUAAUUUCGAACAACACAAUUGAACAAAUUUCAAACAUUUUGAUUGACUUGAUUAAUCGAUAGCCAUGGACCGUGAACAACAGGGACAGCUUCACAAAAGCAGACCAGAACCUUCAGAGUCUCUGAAUUUGACGGAAGACGAGGCACUUGCACAGGCAAUGAAGCAAUCUCAAAAGGAUGAAAGAGAACGUUUUGUUGCUCAAUCUCGUGAGGAGAAAGAUCUGCAACGUGCCAUCGAAAUGUCUAAAGAAAGUGCCGAACGCAAAGCUGACGUUGUAAAAGACGACAACGCAAAGCAAGAAGUCGCCGCCUCUGAUGAAGAAGAGACUGAAGAUGACUCGGAUUAUUCUACUACAGGAUGGACUUCAAGCGAGGACGAUGACGAUGAUGACGAUAUUCUAGCCGAAACAGAAGAUCAAAGUGAAGAAGCACAACAAAGGCGUGUUGCAGAGCGAUUACGUGUGUUGGAAGCAGCUGGUAUCCUGGUCGUCCAAGGUCACGGUAAAGAUGACGAUCAAGGCAUCACUGGAGGAAAGGCACAAGAUGAUGUCAACGCAGAUGCAUCUAAACAAGCUGAAAACCUGCUAUUGCACCGCAGACCAACAGCCAAACGCUCAAAACCUGAAAGACCAACAAGAACGAUUGGAGAACAACGUAAGCGCAAAGAGAGACCAGGAAAGCCAUCUAGACCUCCUCCGCCUCCACCGGUGGCGAAAGAGCCAGAAGUUCAAAUGGACGAUGCUUAUGAACGUUUUGUUAAAUUGAAUAAACAAGUACAUGAACAACAAAAGAAUGACCCUUUGCCUGCAAUUCCAACAAGUGAUGCAAGCCCGGAUAUCGGAUCAUCUUCUUCGCCACCUCCUGCUUUGGCUAGUACAAAGUCCUCUACUGGUUCUGGCUUGCUGAAUACUCUGAAGAAUAUGUCUUCUCGAAAGACAGGCGCUCAAGGUCCAGCAACCGUUGAACGUAGAACUACGCCAAUCAUUUCAGGGCCAAUGAUGGUUCAACGAAAUCAAAGUCCUGCAAUCGGUACGGAUUCCAGCACCUUAUCACAACAACGUGGAAGCAUAAGUGAUGGUGAAAGCAUUGCCGCUGCAACUACAUGGAGUAGCAUCAUUGGCAGUGAAGGAUCGAGUGCGAUUCCCGAACAAGAAAGGAAACGUCAAGAGGCAAUAUUUGAACUUAUUGCAACUGAAUCAACUCACGUUCGUGACGUGCAAAUUAUUGUGGAUGUCUUUUUCAAUGCAAUGCAACCUCUUUUGCAAACAAAAGCGGCCACUGUGAUCUUUGGUAAUAUCGAGGAGGUGCUAUUGGCAGCUGUUUCACUUUUAUCCGACUUGGAAGCUCGUCAACGAUCUGCACAAAUGUUCAUCACUCAAAUUGGUGACAUUUUGGAAAAUCAUAUGAAACAAAUGUCAGUUUAUAUACCCUAUUGCGUUAAUCAAGAAACCGCAACGCAUAUCCUUACAACGGAAAGAAAUCGAAACGUACAGCUUGAUGACCUUUUGAAAAGGCUUCGAUCUGAACAUGCAUCAGCAAGAGGAUUGGACUUGAGUCAUUUCUUAUUGGUACCCAUGCAAAGGCUGACAAGAUAUCCUUUAUUGAUCGGACAAAUUCUACGUUAUACAAACGAAGAAGAUGCGGAUCCACAAGAAUACAAAUCUUUGCGUAAUGCGAUGGCAAAUGCACAAUCAUUGUUGGAUACCACCAAUGAAUCCAUCAGACAAAGACAAAGCGAUGAACGUUUGGUGGAAUUGACGGAGAAGAUCAAUGCAUCAUCUGCCGGUGAAAAUGGAACGAGUCAAGUGAAAUUGGAUCUUACACACAAAACACGCUGGAUGGGACCAAGAAGAAUCCUAAGAGAAGAAGUCUUAAUCAAACAAAAGAGCGGAAGAAGACUUUCUGUGAUUUUAUGCAAUGAUUUAGUGAUCCUCUUAUCUGGAAGACGAACGACGGACGGCAAUACAAAUGUUGAUCAAUAUUUGUACAGGAUGCCAAUGCCACUAGAGGAGCUGGUCGUUCGAGAUGUUCCUUCAGGCCUAAAAGGUCGAGAUGAUUUAUCCUUCCAAUUACUCCAUCAAGGUCGUGAGAAGGUAAACAUUCGUUGUUCUUCCGCACGUGCUUGUCAUUCUUGGAUGCAUAGCAUUGAUUCUGCCCGAUCUGAUUGUUUAUCCGCUGCCAACAAGAUCAACAAACGAUCUUCCAAGCAAGCAUAAAGCUGUGCAUCGAUCUCUGUACAUACUCAAAAUAAUUUUAUCCAUUGUUCUUUACCGC